CGUCACUUACGUACGUCAUUGUCACAUUCAUUCAUUUCAUUCGGUCAGUUUGAUUGUGUUGGCGCGUCGCGGUGGUUGGAUGUGUGCGUGUUGUUAUUCCGGGGGCGGGAAAAUCGAUCGAUAUUUCGUAGUGACGUACGCUCGUUGUGGGUUACUGUGCAAUACAAGAGUUUAAAAAUAUUUUCGGUAGCUCUAAAAUGUUGGCUCUAAAUUUACUAUUGGUGCUCGCAUUUACUGCGGUCGCCACAGCCGAGUUUGUUUGGAAACAUCACAAUAAUGAGGAGCUACCCUUAGUUUUGGAGGAAGUCCAUCGCAAGUGCCCCAAUAUUUCACGAGUUUAUGCUCUUACCGAGCCGUCCGUGCAAAAUGUGCCGCUGUACGUCAUUGAAUUCUCGGAUAAUCCGGGGAUCCACCAACCAUAUAAGCCGGAGGUCAAGUACGUGGGCAACAUCCACGGCAACGAGGUCCUCGGUCGGGAGCUGCUGCUAGGGCUGGCUCACCACCUGUGCGACCAGUACAUGAACCACGACCGCCGGAUCAGGGCUCUAAUACAUAGCACCAGGAUACACCUCCUGCCUUCCAUGAACCCUGACGGCUGGCAGGUCUCCGCUGAUACGGGUGGCCUGGACUACCUGAUCGGGCGCAGCAACAACCACUCGGUGGACCUGAACCGCAACUUCCCCGACCUGGACGCCAUCACGUUCGAGUUCGAGCGCCAGGGCAUCAGCCACAACCACCACCUGCUCAAGGACUUGUCCAAGCUUACCGCCCCUCUGGAGCCAGAGACGCGAGCGGUGAUGCGGUGGAUCAUGUCAGUCCCGUUCGUGCUGAGCGCGGCCAUGCACGGCGGCGACCUGGUGGCCAACUACCCCUACGACGAGAGCCGCAGUGGAGCCCCCGUGUCCGAGUACUCCGCCAGCCCGGAUGAUGACACUUUUAGGGAUCUGGCUAUGACGUAUGCGUCGUGCCACGCGGAUAUGGCCUCUAAGAGCCGUCGCGGCUGCCAUGUGACCAGCUCUGAUGAAUCCUCCACGUACAACUUCGGCAAGCAAGGAGGCGUCACCAAUGGAGCAGCCUGGUACAGUUUGAAAGGAGGCAUGCAGGACUUCAACUACCUGGCCACCAACGCGUUCGAGAUAACCUUAGAACUGGGCUGCGAGAAGUUCCCAGCUGCUGAGCAGCUCGAGAGCGAGUGGGAGAGGAACCGGGAGGCGCUCAUUGAGUUCAUGUGGAAGGCCCACAGCGGGGUCAAGGGGAUUGUGUCCGACGACGCUGGGUUCAUACAGAACGCCAUCAUCUCCGUGGUGAACAUCACCGGCCCCGUGCCGCGGCCCAUCCGCCAUGACGUCACGACUGGUAUCUACGGCGACUACUACCGUCUGCUCACGCCCGGUCACUACGAGGUGACGGCGAGCCGGCCCGGCUACUUCCCCGUGUCGCGCGUCAUCACCGUCGCCAACUCGCGACACACGCCCGCCAUACUGCUCAACUUCAAACUGGAGCCAACAUCAAAUUGGUUCGACGAGGAGUCUUCAUUCGGCGGCUACGGGCACGCGCUCCGCGACAGCCAGCCGCGCAUCUACAAACGAUCCAUCUACGACCAAGUAGCCAAGAGCAUCAUGAACAACCGACCAGAGAAGUAAAACAUGAUUUGAAAAGCGUUUUUCUGUGAUUUUAGUGAAUUGGAAGAUUAUUAUGCAUAAUAUUUUAUCAUGCUGGAAUUUUUUUGUUACCUGCAUAUUUGAAAUUCUAAGUAACUACUUGAAAAGAAAUAGCGGGAAUCAAUCUCAAACUACAAAAAUAUGUCUCUAAAAAGGAAAGGAAAGUUCAGAAAUUUUACAUAAGAUUUCCUUUCAGACAAUCUAAAUGAAAACUUUUUAACUAACUAAAGACACAGAAAAGAAAUGACUGAAUUGUUAAAUUUAGAUCAGGCUAUAUUAUAGUAUCAAGUCUUUUAUAGUUUAGCAAGGUACACCCAUAAAAUAUAGCAACUUGUAAAUAAAGCUGGUUACCGUGUAAAAAAAAUAAAUUAGGUAUGUUUGUUUUCUAGUCCAAUUAGUACACUGUAUAUUAUAAGGAGAAUAUUACAAACAUUAUCUUAAAAGCACCUUACUGAGUCAUUUUAUUGCGUUCUUAAACCUAUGUAUUACCAUUAUAGAAUAACGAGUACUAUUAACAUCUAUUAAAUAUGUACCUACGGUGAAGAUCAACGAUAUUUGUUACUUCUUUUUCAUGAAACGUGAAUAAUCAGUAUCACUUAUGGUUUCAGAAAGAGUGAUUUUCGUAACUAAGUAUAGGGAUUUGUUUUCAGCUACAAUGAUUUUAGAUUA